AUAACUUAUUUUAUUUUCCCUUUCUUUCUUUCAAAAUACCACCCAAUUAUUACAUAAAUUUGGAAACACCCAAAAUUGAUGGUUAAUCCAUCGCCAAGAACAGAAGCUCUGAGGACCGCUAAAGCGACUUCGACCUGUUCAAACGGAUCGACGGGGUCGUCGAGGAGCGACGCCUGUCGGUCCACCCAUCGAUCCACUCCAGUCUUUUCCUUUUCCUUAUAUGCAUAGAUAGAGAGAGGUAGACGGAUACCUACCUGCACGAAACACAGUAGAUACUAACGUAUAUACGUAUGUAGAGGUAGAUACAUACAAGGAUUCCUGCAUCAAACAAAAGCACUAGUUCCCCGUGACCUUCUCUUCAGGUAUAUACACAACAUAUGAAUACGUACAUAACCGGCGACGAAGCUCUUGGAUCCAUCAGUUGCACAGAGACACGACGAGAGAGAUGAGGACGUUCGAGGCAGAAAUGGAGGAAGAUGGAAUAAUCAUGGCAGGGAAGAUGGACGAGGAGCUCGAUGACGACGGCCGCCCAAGGAGGACUGGAACUGUGUGGACAGCAAGCUCACAUAUCGUAACAGCAGUCAUCGGUUCUGGUGUGCUAUCCUUGGCGUGGGCGAUGGCGCAACUUGGUUGGAUAGCUGGACCUCUAGCUCUGGCGCUUUUCGCCCUCAUCACCGUCUACACUUCCAGUCUUCUAGCAGAUUGCUACAGGACUGACGAUCCAAUAUCUGGGAUGAGAAAUGUCACCUACAUGAGAGCAGUGAAAUCCAACUUAGGAGGAAAUAAGAUCUGGUUGUGCGGACUCUGCCAGUAUGUCAACCUCUUCGGAGUUUCCAUUGGUUAUACGAUUACCGCAGGCCUCAGUGCUGCGGCUGUGAGCAAAUCUAAUUGUUUCCACAAGAAAGGCCAAGAAGCAGCUUGCAGUAUCUCCACCAAUGUGUUCAUGGUCGGGUAUGGAAUCAUUCAGAUCUUCCUGUCCCAACUGCCCAACUUUCAUAAGCUAUGGUGGUUGUCCAUUGUUGCAGCAGUGAUGUCCUUUGCUUAUUCCUUCAUUGCUGUGGGUCUCUCGGCAGCCAGAAUCAUCUCAGGGAACACCAGAAAAACAUCCAUUACAGGUACGAUAGUUGGAGUGGAUGUCAGUGCAUCUCAGAAGGUAUGGAGCACUUUUCAGGCACUUGGAGAUAUAGCAUUUUCCUACUCAUAUUCCAUGAUCUUAAUUGAAAUCCAGGACACCCUAAGAUCUCCUCCUGCAGAGAACAAAGAAAUGAAGAAAGCAAGUUUAAUCGGUGUGGUGACAACCACUACAUUCUAUAUGCUUUGUGGUUGCCUAGGUUAUUCUGCAUUUGGGAACCAAGCUCCAGGAAACAUACUAACUGGAUUCGGAUUUUAUGAGCCAUACUGGCUAAUAGAUGUCGGUAAUGUCUGCAUAGUGGCACAUCUAGUUGGUGCUUACCAGGUGUACUGCCAGCCAUUGUUUGCUGCAGUAGAGACAUGGUUUGCUAGAAAGUGUCCUGGCUUACAAAUACUGACUCAUGAGCAUCCCAUCACAAUUAACAAAAACCUUGGCUGCAACAUUAACAUUUUCCGACUGCUUUGGAGGACAACCUUUGUGGUGAUAAGCACUGUUCUCGCAAUGCUGAUGCCCUUCUUCAAUGAUGUGCUUUCAUUACUUGGUGCUGUGGGAUUCUGGCCUCUAUCAGUGUAUUUUCCCAUUGAGAUGUACAUUUCACGAAAUCAUAUUGCAAGGUCUUCACCCAAGUGGAUGCUGUUGCAAAGCUUAAGCUUCCUCUGCUUCCUUGUCUCCUUGGCUGCAGCUUGUGGUUCCAUUGAAGGGGUGGCACAGUCACUUCAACACUAUUCACCAUUCACGUCAAAAACAUAAGAACAACUUCAGUAGCAUCUCUGAAACCAAUCAGAAGCUGUCUUUCUGAUUUCUUAG